GAGAGAGAAGAGAGCUUAGAGCCAAGCUAUGACGACGAUUGUUCCCACUUCCGAAGAAGAUCCGUUCCUCGCCGUCGUCCGAUUCACUUCCCAGCUCGCCUGGGCUGAUGCUGGUCCCGAGGCUGCAGAGCCAGAGAUCACGAGACUAUGUAGAGAAGCUGAGGAGUCUAUAGUAGCUGGAAAGUGGUUAGAGUUAGCUUCGUUAAUGGUAACUUCAGCUGAAUUGGUAUCUUCUAAGAUCUCUGAGAAAGAUCUUGAGUGUACCUACACAAUCAUUUGCAGCCUUGUUAAGAAUGCGAAUAGUGCUGAGGAUGUUCUUGAAAUGGUGAAUGCUAUCUCUUCUAAGGUUGUUCAACAACCGAGUGAUAAAGCUUCACUUCGUUUGAAGAUUCUGUUCAAUCUGUAUAACCUUGUGGACCAACCGUAUGCUCGUUUCCAAGUGUACAUGAAAGCUCUAACACUGGCUGUUGAAGGGAAGGUUGCUGAGUACAUAGUUCCUUCUUUUAAGAAGAUUGAUAACUUCUUGAAAGAGUGGAACGUUGAUACUAAAGAUCAGAGGCAACUCUUCCUUGCCAUUGCUAAUGUUCUGAGAGAAAACAAAAGCUUGGUCAAAGAAUCCCUUAACUUCUUGACCAAGUAUCUAGCGACUUUCUCCAAUGAGGAUGCUCUGGGUGAAGCUAAGGAGGAGGCUGUGCGUGCAGUUAUUGAGUUUGUCAAGGCUUCCAGCAUCUUCCAGUGUGAUUUAUUGGACUUGCCAGCCGUAGCACAGUUAGAGAAGGAUGCUAAGUAUGCACCGGUUUACCAGCUACUUAAGAUCUUUCUUACCCAGAGGCUGAAUGCUUACAUGGACUUCCAAGCUGCAAAUGCAGAAUGUCUGAAAAGCUAUGGACUUGUUGAUGAAGAUUGUGUAACGAAGAUGAGAUUGUUGUCACUCGUGGACUUAGCGUCAGAUGAAUCUGGCAAAAUACCGUACACCUCAAUUAAAGACACUCUACAGGUAAAGGAAGAGGAGGUUGAACUAUGGAUCGUGAAGGCAAUAGCCGCGAAGUUGAUUGAAUGUAAGAUGGAUCAGAUGAACCAAGUUGUCAUUGUCAGCCGCUGUUCCGAACGUGAAUUCGGGUUAAAGCAAUGGCAGUCACUUCGAACAAAGCUCGCGACUUGGAGGGAUAACAUUGGAAACGUCAUAACUACAAUCGAAUCGAACAAGGUAACCGAGGAAGGAUCUCAGGCAUCUGCUCCAGCAAUUCAAGGGUUGAAUGUUCGUUGAAAAACUACAAAAAGAAACCCUUUUGAUCUCCAGAAAACCUCUCAAAUUUCACAAUCAACCUUAAAGAUCCUUAGUUUUCCUUGAAGUCUUUCAUCUCUGUCUAUUUGUUUGCAGAGUUUUUUAAAUCUUUAAAUCUUUUUUGUCCCUGAAAACAAUGCGGAGACUUUUCCAAUACGUUAUUUUUCGCUUAACAAUGUUUCUUUGUUUUAAGACUACACAUUAUUUGCCACCUUGAUAGUCUGAACAUACUACUACUGUUAACUUCCUAAUCAAUACGGUGACGGAGAGGAAUAAGUAGCAUCCGUUAACA